ACUGGGGGACCAUCUUCCUCUCACUAGUGACUAGUGACUCUCAGGAAGGGGCUAGCUGCCAGGUCACCUGCAAGGGACAGCAGGAGCCAGAGGCCCCAGCCAGUCCCUUGACCCAGAAGGCAGGCAGGGCACUCAGUGUCUGCGACUGGUGGACAGGGGCAGCCACCUCAUGGCCUGGGCCCGGGUUUGUGCCAGCUGUUGCUGGCAGCUGGCAAAAGCAGUCUUGCCCACCCCAACUGGGGUUGGAGCUGAGGAGAGGACCCCCUUGCUGAGCUCUUCCUCUGCCAACCAGUACCCCCGGCCCUUGAUCCUGAGAGGUCCAGGUACCCCAAAUGCUGGGUUUUCUUGCUCCCCAAAUGGCUUCACCAGCAAUGACCCCCUUUCUGGGGGGCAUAAAGAAGUGGGCCGGAGUGCUGAUAGCAGCUCCUUCUGGGGUCCUGAAGCUACCGGGGCCUCCUGGCCUACAGCCGUCCUUCUGGCCGACCUUGAGCAGGAUUCGAGGCAGGGGGAGUGUGCCCUUUCCGGGGCCGCCCUAGCAGGCCUGGCCCCACUGAAACCCGAAGCCAGCCAGAGCUCCAGCUCUGGGCCGACCAGCUGCAUUAGGGCAAGGGUAGAGGCAGAGGCUGGAACAAGGGACACAGGCAGUACUGGGCCUGGGCCGGAGGGCUGGCUGCCUUGCUGCCAUGGCAGUCCUGAGACUUCAGAACCGAGGAGAGGGCAGCUGCUGACUGCACCAGAGCCACCAUCAGUUAUGCUGUUGAAUGGGGACUGCCCAGAGAGCCUGAAGAAGGAGGAGGGGGCAGCUGAGCCACCUAGGGAGAAUGGGCUAGAUGAAGGUGAGCCAGGAGAUGAGACUACUGGACAGGAAGUCAUUGUCAUUCAGGACACAGGCUUUUCUGUGAAGAUCCUGGCCCCUGGGAUUGAGCCCUUCUCCCUUCAGGUAUCUCCCCAGGAGAUGGUACAGGAGAUCCACCAAGUGCUCAUGGACCGUGAAGACACGUGUCACCGUACCUGCUUCUCGCUGCACCUAGAUGGCAAUAUGCUGGACCACUUUUCAGAGUUGCGCAGUGUUGAGGGGCUGCAGGAAGGCUCGGUCCUCCGUGUGGUGGAAGAACCCUACACAGUGCGGGAGGCUCGUAUUCACGUGCGCCAUGUCCGAGACCUGCUCAAGAGCCUGGACCCAUCUGAUGCCUUUAAUGGGGUUGACUGCAACUCCUUGUCCUUUCUGAGUGUCUUCACUGAUGGCGAUCUGGGAGACAGUGGGAAGCGGAAGAAGGGAUUGGAGAUGGACCCCAUCGACUGCACGCCACCUGAGUACAUCCUGCCAGGGAGCCGGGAGCGGCCGUUGUGUCCCCUACAGCCCCAGAACCGUGACUGGAAGCCCCUUCAAUGUCUGAAAGUGCUCACCAUGAGCGGCUGGAAUCCACCCCCUGGGAACCGCAAGAUGCAUGGGGACCUCAUGUACUUGUUUGUGAUCACGGCCGAAGACCGGCAAGUCAGCAUCACGGCAUCCACGCGGGGCUUCUACUUGAACCAAUCCACAGCCUAUCACUUCAACCCCAAACCCGCCAGCCCACGCUUCCUCAGCCAUUCCCUAGUGGAGCUGCUCAACCAGAUCAGCCCGACCUUCAAAAAAAACUUUGCUGUGCUACAGAAAAAAAGGGUCCAGCGCCACCCGUUCGAGAGGAUCGCCACCCCGUUCCAGGUGUACAGCUGGACAGCUCCUCAGGCAGAGCAUGCCAUGGACUGUGUACGUGCAGAGGAUGCCUACACCUCAAGACUGGGCUACGAGGAACACAUUCCUGGACAGACUCGGGACUGGAACGAGGAGCUACAGACAACUAGGGAGCUGCCCCGCAAGAACCUGCCUGAGCGGCUUCUUCGAGAAAGAGCCAUAUUCAAGGUACACAGUGACUUUACAGCGGCAGCCACACGGGGUGCCAUGGCAGUCAUUGACGGCAAUGUGAUGGCCAUCAAUCCCAGUGAGGAGACCAAGAUGCAGAUGUUCAUCUGGAACAACAUUUUCUUCAGCCUGGGCUUUGAUGUCCGUGACCAUUACAAGGACUUUGGUGGGGAUGUGGCAGCCUACGUGGCACCCACCAAUGAUCUGAAUGGUGUGCGCACAUACAACGCAGUGGACGUGGAGGGGCUGUACACACUGGGCACUGUAGUGGUGGACUACCGAGGCUAUCGGGUCACGGCUCAAUCCAUCAUCCCUGGCAUCUUGGAGCGGGACCAGGAGCAGAGUGUCAUCUACGGCUCCAUUGACUUUGGUAAGACAGUGGUGUCGCACCCACGGUACCUGGAGUUGCUGGAACGGACCAGCCGACCCCUCAAGAUUCUGCGUCACCGUGUACUCAAUGACCGUGAUGAGGAGGUAGAGCUCUGCUCCUCAGUUGAGUGCAAGGGCAUCAUUGGCAAUGAUGGCCGCCACUACAUCCUUGACCUGCUGCGCACCUUUCCACCUGACCUCAAUUUCCUGCCUGUUCCCGGUGAGGAACUGCCUGAGGAGUGUACCCGAGCUGGCUUUCCCCGUGCCCACCGCCAUAAGCUAUGUUGCCUACGCCAGGAGCUGGUGGAUGCCUUUGUGGAGCAUAGAUACCUCCUCUUCAUGAAGCUGGCCGCCCUACAGCUGAUGCAGCAGAAGGCCAGCAAGGUGGAGAACCCCACUUCACUGGAAAAUGGUGAUCUUUCCCCCUCGGAGUCCAAGCCUGAAGACUCUCUGGGAUCCGAGGUGGGAAGCCAGGAGGAGGGCGGCAGUGCCAGUGGCCUGGCCAAGGUGAAGGAGCUGGCGGAGACCAUCGCCUCAGAUGAUGGCACAGCAGACCCCCGGAGCCGGGAGGUGAUCCGCAAUGCAUGCAAGGCUGUUGGCUCCAUCAGCAGCACGGCCUUCGACAUUCGCUUCAACCCUGACAUCUUCUCACCAGGGGUUCGCUUCCCUGAGUCCUGCCAGGAUGAAGUUCGGGACCAGAAGCAGCUGCUGAAAGAUGCAGCUGCCUUCUUGCUUUCCUGCCAGAUUCCUGGCUUGGUAAAGGACUGCACAGAUCAUGCGGUGCUGCCCAUGGACGGAGCCACACUGGCUGAGGUGAUGCGCCAGCGUGGCAUCAACAUGCGUUACCUGGGCAAGGUGUUGGACCUGGUGCUGCGGAGCCCAGCCCGUGACCAGCUGGACCACAUCUACAAAAUUGGCAUUGGUGAACUCAUCACCCGCUCUGCCAAGCACAUCUUCAAGACAUACUUACAGGGAGUCGAGCUCUCAGGCCUCUCGGCCGCCAUCAGUCACUUCUUGAACUGCUUCCUGAGCUCCUACCCCAACCCUGUGGCCCACCUUCCUGCGGAUGAGCUUCUUUCCAAGAAAAGGAACAAGAGGAGGAAAAACCGUCCUCCAGGGGCUGCGGAUAACACAGCCUGGGCUGUUAUGACCCCCCAGGAGCUCUGGAAGAACAUCUGUCAGGAGGCCAAGAACUACUUCGACUUCAGCCUCGAGUGUGAUUCUGUGGACCAGGCUGUGGAGACCUACGGCCUGCAGAAGAUAACACUGCUGCGGGAGAUCUCCCUAAAAACCGGAAUCCAGAUUCUGCUGAAGGAGUACAGUUUUGACAGCCGCCACAAGCCUKCAUUCACUGAGGAGGACGUGCUCAACAUCUUCCCCGUGGUCAAGCAUGUCAACCCUAAGGCCUCGGAUGCCUUCCACUUCUUCCAGAGUGGGCAGGCCAAAGUACAGCAGGGCUUCCUGAAGGAGGGCUGCGAGCUCAUCAACGAGGCCCUGAACCUGUUCAACAAUGUGUAUGGAGCUAUGCAUGUGGAGAUCUGUGCCUGCCUGCGCCUCCUGGCCCGUCUCCACUAUAUUAUGGGUGACUACGCUGAGGCCCUCAGUAACCAACAGAAGGCAGUGUUGAUGAGCGAGCGAGUGAUGGGCAUCGAGCACCCCAACACCAUCCAGGAAUACAUGCACCUGGCUCUGUACUGCUUCGCCAGCAGCCAGCUGUCCACCGCGCUGAGCCUGCUGUACCGCGCCCGCUACCUCAUGCUGCUCGUGUUUGGGGAGGACCACCCUGAGAUGGCUCUGCUGGAUAACAACAUCGGUUUGGUGCUGCAUGGCGUGAUGGAGUACGACCUGUCACUGCGAUUCCUGGAGAAUGCGCUGGCCGUCAGCACCAAGUACCACGGGCCCAAAGCCCUUAAGGUGGCCCUCAGCCACCACCUAGUUGCCCGGGUCUAUGAGAGCAAAGCUGAGUUCCGGUCAGCCCUGCAGCAUGAGAAGGAGGGCUACACCAUCUACAAGACCCAGCUGGGUGAGGACCAUGAGAAGACCAAGGAAAGCUCCGAGUACCUCAAGUGCCUGACCCAGCAGGCUGUUGCCCUGCAGCGCACCAUGAAUGAGAUCUACCGCAAUGGCUCCAGCGCCAACAUCCCGCCCCUCAAGUUCACAGCUCCCAGCAUGGCUAGUGUCUUGGAGCAGCUGAACGUCAUCAAUGGCAUCCUCUUCAUUCCUCUCAGCAUCCUCCUGGGAUCCCGGCCUGGCCUGCCCCCCAACAGAUGUUUUUGCACUGGUUCAAUGAAUAUACGAUGCAGAGGCCUAAUUGAAGACACAUGAAUGGAGUGUGUGGGCAUUGGUUCCAGCUGGGGGGCAGGCGCCCCUCAGGCCCCAUCCUCGAGCAGGUGUGUGCGAGUGUGUCCAUGCCCGUGAAUGUCUUGAUCCGUCCCACCUAACUUGUACAUAGCCCCCAGUCAGUUCUGAGUGGAUGACGUGCAGAUGCGAUUUCUCAGGUCAUUUGUAUGUUUGACAUUAUGGCUGCUGCUUUUGCUGCCACUACCCCUGGGCCCAACCUGGCUUAAGUCCAGGUCUUAAGCCAAAAAAGGGGGGGCUUUCCUUUAUCUUGGGAGAGGGAGCCAGAGCUUUGUGGCAGGCUGGAGGGUUGGGGUGCACUUUAGUUUUGUGACAAGAUGAGAUCUGCACUGGCUUUACCAAUUAUGAUGGGGCUUGACCUGGCUAUACCUUCAGGGCAAGGGAGAAGGGGGACCAGUGGUGGUGGACUCUCAGACACCAGUUGCCCAACCCAGCCUGUCUGCCUUUGGCCCAGCAGGAGGCACUGCUACAGGCUCUGACUUGCCUCCCUGCACCCUAGGUGGGAUAACCUUGGGGGCCACAGCCUGAAUGUAUCCUUCUCCCAUUUUAACCUGAGCUGCCUAACGCACAGUGGGGGUGGGGUGGGCAAGGGCUGGGGAACCAGGACUGAAUCAUGGAUCCUGGGGAGAAAUUACCAGGUAUAGGAGUGAUUGUCACCUCUCUGGAGUCCAGCUCCCUACCUGAUCCUUGUCACACAGGCACCUUCAGAGAGUAGUUCUGGGGGUAAUGGGGGCUUUCACCAGCCCAGCUGCUCCUGCUCCCUGCCUGCCUGUGUUGCUUCUCUGUGCCUGCUGUCAAAGCCCUACCCAGGAGGAGACUGUUGUCCUGUGAACCCAAGGGAGCUGUUCUGGGCCACAGCCUCUGCCUGGGGCUUUGCAGAGAGCUGCUUAUGGGUAGGGUCUGUCCAGGCACCUUGUUUCAAAGGGAGUGGGCAUGAGUUAGCAAGCGAGGCAUCCCACAGCUGAUCAAGAACUUUUUCUUGUUUUUAAACCAUCACGUCUUCAUUUCACAUUGGAAUAAAGUGAGUUUUUGAAACCUGC